AUGGAGCACCGAAGGCUCUUCGACACUGCCCUGGAGGGCGAAGAGAGGGGCUCCCCGUCAAAGCAGCCGACUUCAAUCAAACACAAGUGGCCCGCGAAGGGGAAGGAGCCCCUCAAGAAGAAGAGGAGCGCUCCAGAGUCCUCGGACAAGGAGAUGACUUCGGGCAGCACGACUCCAGAGGCGACCAAGAGCCCGGAGUACCAGGAGUCUGGGACGUCCAGCCCCGAGUCCAGUGGGCACGAGGAGCAGCAGGAUGAGGAGGAGGAGAAGGCCGAGUCAGGCGCAGAGGCGGUGGGAUCCCAAGACGAGGAGGAGGAGACGACCACCCCAAAAAAGUACCCGCGGCGGAGAGGGAAAGCUACGGUGCUCCUGACUCCCCUGAAAUGUUUGGCGUCGACUCAGAGGCACGUGUCCCCGCUGAAAGUCAAGAAGGCCAUCUUUUCCCCCACCUCCACGACCCUCGUCGGCCUGACACGCCAAAAGGAGGUCUCCAAGAAGGUCAAGGAGGCCAUUAAGAAGCGCAGGCAGCGCAAAUAGACGUUGAAACUGAGUUGACGUUUUUUAGACGUCGAGUUCGUGUUCAUGGUCGCGUUUUUUCCGAGUGUUCGUGAGUGUUUGUUCCGCGAGAGAUUUUUAUUCUUCUAAUUUUAAACUGUUCAAGUGUUCAAGUGAGUUAAAGUGUGUUUUUUUAGAAAGUGUUUGUUCCGCAAGAGACUUUUGUUAAAAAAAAAAAAAAAAAAGUUCAAGUGUUCGAUUUUUUAAAGACUUUGAGUUGUUCCUUUGUUUUUUUUACCCAUCACCAUUUUCAUUUAAAUUUCACUUUUUUCCUGUAUAUUUGUUCAAAAUAAAGUAGUUUUUGUU